AUGCCCAAUGAUGGCUGGCUCUCAUUCUAUUGGAGCGACUCGUUCCUGCUCCGGUUUUCGCUGGCACUGGACUUUGCGCCUUACCUUCCUGGCCGAACUAGGUUGGAGGAAGACGGAGAAGCCAUCGCGCUGGCUAUUGAUAGUCUUUGCCUGGACAGCCAGGAAGAAGAAGCUGCUAUAGGAGAGAUCCUGGAGGUCGGUGAGGCUUCCCUUCUGGUGAACAGCCGCUGUGGAGUGCUCCGGUGCCGUCAGCUUACCGGCGGCCCAGUGGCCAAAGGUUUGGUACUCCUGUCCGGACGUCCACGGGAGCAAGCCGAGUCCUGCUGUCAUCCCAUUCCCUGGGACUUCGACGGCAAGGAGCUACCGGUCGAGCGAUACCUGCUUUCUCGAGCCAGCCCAGAGCCACAAGCA